AAAAAUGUAGUUUGUUCCUCGGAACCGUGUUCGUGUCUGUUCGGUUCGGUGUCUUAGUGUUCCCACGAACGGAACCCUGUCCGGGUUCGGGUUUUCCUUUCGCUGUUUAUGUGAAUGGCGCAGCUUUCACCGUCGAGAGUUUUGGUUCCGACCCGCGGCGUCGCGAGAUUUCAUGUCUGAAGUGAAUUGGGCGGGGCCUCUGCGUUUUCAGUAGCUGAUGCUGAGGAGCGGCUGACGUCACCGAUCAGGAUGCAGAGUACCACCAAUUACCUGUGGUUGAUCUCAGACCUGCUGGGUCAGGGGGCCACGGCCAACGUGUACCGGGGGAGGCACAAGAAAACCGGAGACCUGUACGCCGUCAAGGUCUUCAACAACCUGAGCUUCCUGCGGCCGCUGGACGUCCAGAUGAGGGAGUUCGAGGUCCUGAAGAAACUCAACCACAAGAACAUCGUCAAGCUGUUCGCCGUGGAGGAGGAGUCCAACACUCGCCAUAAGGUUCUGGUGAUGGAGUACUGUCCGUGCGGGAGCCUCUACACGGUUCUGGAGGAGCCAUCCAACGCUUACGGCCUCCCGGAGGACGAGUUCCUCAUCGUUCUUCACGAUGUGGUGGCAGGUAUGAACCACCUGAGAGAGUAUGGCAUUGUCCACCGCGACAUCAAACCAGGGAACAUCAUGCGCGUCAUCGGGGAGGACGGAUGCUCCGUCUACAAGCUGACGGACUUCGGAGCGGCCCGGGAGCUGGAGGACGACGAGCAGUUUGUGUCUUUGUACGGCACGGAGGAGUAUCUGCACCCGGACAUGUACGAGCGCGCCGUGUUGAGGAAAGACCACCAGAAGAAGUACGGCGCCACUGUGGACCUGUGGAGCAUCGGCGUUACCUUCUACCACGCCGCCACCGGCAGCCUCCCCUUUAGGCCAUUCGAGGGGCCGCGCAGGAACAAGGAAGUGAUGUACAAGAUCAUCACAGAGAAACCUUCAGGGACCAUUUCAGGCCAUCAGAAGAGCGAAAACGGCAAGAUUGAGUGGAGCACAGAGAUGCCCGUGUCCUGCAGUCUGUCCAAGGGUCUUCAGAGCCUGCUGACCCCCGUCCUCGCCAACAUCCUGGAGGCGGAUCAGGAGAAGUGUUGGGGCUUCGACCAGUUUUUCGCAGAGACCAACGACAUCCUGCACAGAACCGUGGUUUACAUCUUCAGCCUGCAGCAGGCCACCCUGCACCACAUCUACAUCCACGAGUACAACACGGCGGCGCUGUUCCAGGAGCUGCUGUGCCGCAGGACCAGCAUCCCUCUGCACAACCAGGAGCUGUUGUACGAAGGCCGCCGCCUCCUGCUGGACCCCAACAGGCAGGCCAAGAGUUUCCCCAGGACGUCCAGAGACAACCCCAUCAUGCUGGUCAGCCGCGAGUCUGUGGCCACCGUAGGACUCAUCUUUGAAGACCCCAGUCCUCCCAAAGUCCAGCCUCGCUAUGACCUGGACCUGGACGCCAGCUAUGCUAAGACUUUUGCAGGAGACGUGGGACAUCUCUGGAAAACCUCGGAGUCUCUGCUGGUUUACCAGGAACUGGUGCGGAAAGGAGUCCGGGGUCUGAUCGAGCUCAUGAAGGAGGACUACAGCGAGAUCCUGCACAAGAAGGCGGAGGUUUUCUACCUGUGCAGCUGCUGCUCCCAGAUGCUGGAGAAGACGGAGCAGCUGUUCGAGGUGCUGAUGCAGGCCAGCAUGCUGUCGUUGGAGUAUGACGAGGUGUCAGACAUGCACAAGAAGGUGGUCAGGAUCUCCGGCUCGCUGGAUCCAGUGGAGCGGAACAUGCAGGACGUGAAGAGCAAGUUCCUCCCCGGAGGCCUGCUGAACGACGGCUGGACGCAGCAAGUGGGGACGCACCCCGAGGACAGGAACGUGGAGAAGAUCAAAGUCCUUCUGGACUCCAUCACCGCCAUCUACCAGCAGUUCAAGAAGGACAAGGCGGAGCGGCGUCUGCCGUACAACGAGGAGCAGAUCCACAAGUUUGACAAGCAGAAGCUGGUUCUCCACGCCAGCAAAGCCCGAUCUCUGUUCACCGAGGAGUGCGCCAUGAAGUACCGCCUCUUUAUCUCCAAGAGCGAGGAGUGGAUGAGGAAGAUCCAUCAGGUGAGGAAGCAGCUGCUCAGCCUGUCCAGUCAGCUGAUCAGCAUCCAGAAGGAGGUGACCAUUCUGAUGGAGAGAAACAUCAAGCUGCAGGAGCUCCUCCCCCAGAAGGUUCUCCCUCUGGUGUCCAGCGGGAUGAAACCUCAGGCGUACCUGAGCCAGAACACGCUGGUGGAGAUGACUCUGGGGAUGAAAAAGCUGAAGGAGGAGAUGGAGGGCGUGGUCAAGGAGCUGGCAGAGAACAACCACUUCCUAGAGAGGUUCGGGACGCUGACGCUGGACGGAGGCCUGCGAGGCUGAAGGAGCUCCCUGGACAGGCGUGAGGAGCAUCGGGCCGAGCCGGACGUCUCGUUUCCACACAGACCUCCAGAGGGCGCCGCCUGUCCUGAUGGGAGGGGGCGAGCUCCUCUGCUGCGACGGCGUUCAGAGGGCUCGCCACCAACGUGCAGACACCAUUUUAGAUUUAGUUUUAAACAUAAACAAAUAUUUUGGGUCUUUUCAAGAGUCUAGCGCCGCCACAAACUGCAGCCCGUCAGAAUGUUCUUCACCCAAACGUUCCUCCUCUGGAAACAGGAACGUUUGGGAACGCCGUAGGGAAUGACUCCAAAUCACUGUAAAUUGACAAAAGUCACAACUGAAGCAGCUCUUCAGGAAAAGCAUGCUGGGAUUUUUCUGACUUUCCUCCUAACGCUUCCUUAAGUUAAUCACCAGGUCGUUUAAGGCGGAGCUUAACUCUGCUGCCACAAAUGUUCCUUUGAUGGUUCAAAUCCCUUCAGAUGUUUGUUCUGUGAUUCUCUACCAGACAAUCGACGUUUCUGUUCAGAUCCAGCUGGACGGUGAAGCAGAGGAUUGUGGGACCUGGGUGUCUGUUCGUGUGGUUUCAGAAUGUAAACCGCCUGUAAAUAAAACGGUCCAUAAAUGGA